AUGGCCGAUUCAGAUCCAGCUCCAUUACAUCGCUCAACAGAAAUUAAGGACUUAACACAUCUAACUGAAAAGGACAAAGAACACAUCGCUGAAGAUGCUGAAACAACAGACAGUUCAAUUCAUCGAAGCCCAGAAGUGGAAGAUUUAGCCCAUAUCUCGCCUCAAGAUCUGAAUAAAACUUCAGCUGAUGAUCAUUCUCAUCUUCAUCAUCAUCACCACCAUCAUCAUCAUCACCCUGAGCAUCAAACUACAAAUAAUCAAACCAACUAA